AUGUCUGCGGCACGGCAUCGUUCUCAGAGGCGACCAAGAGUCCUUCUUGCCGCCACGGGAAGUGUCGCGACGGUCAAAAUUCCGGAAUUGGCGCUGCGCCUAUCCCUUGGCGCUGGCGCCGAGGUGAAGGUCGCUCUCACGAAGGCAGCACGGCACUUCUGGGAGUGUGCGAAGGUGUACAACCCCGCAGCAUGGGCCUCUUUCCAGGAACUGGGAGGAAGGGUGGAAGUACUGGAGGACAAGAAUGAGUGGGACGCCUGGACUGCAAUGGGGGACCCGGUCUUACACAUCCAGCUUCGGGACUGGGCUGACCUUCUCCUGAUCGCCCCCUUAUCGGCCAAUACACUGGGGAAACUGGCUCACGGCCUCUGCGAUAACCUCGUUACGAGCAUUGUUCGGGCUUGGGAUUUAAAGCAGAAGCCUGUGCUAUUGGCUCCCGCCAUGAACACGCACAUGUGGGAGCAUCCUUUCACAGCACAGCAACUUCGGAUGCUGCAAACCGACCUGCACUACGCUGUCAUUCCGCCCGUCUCCAAACUACUGGCCUGUGGAGAUCGAGGACAAGGUGGGUUGGCGGCCAUCGACGACCUAGUGAGGGCAGUGCAGGAUCAACUACAGGCUUAUCUGGGGAGGGACGCGAGCGGAGAUGGUCGGGAGGGAUCAACGUGA